AUGAAUGCAUUUUAUCAAGUGAGAUAUGUGAUGUUUCAAUUGAGACUUGGAAUUGCACUCUUUAUUUUAUUAGCUUUUCUUGCGAUUGUUGUUGUGGGUAGUUUUAAAGGAGGAUCGACAGGAGGAUCGACAGGAGGGUCCACAGGAGGGUCGACAGGAGGAGUAUCUAAUAUAACGGAACACGAACAUCAUCAUCAUCACCAUCAAGAUAAAAAUACUACGCAUAAGCAUUAUUUACGUGAGUUUGGUAAACAUUUGAGAAAUCACAACAUUUUAUUGUUUUUUUUCCAGAUGGUCACAGGCAUUCUGAAAAUCCGCAUUCGCAUUCAAAACGUAUGUAAACUUUUUUUUCAUUUUCAAAAAUUAUUUUAUUGUUAGAUCAUAAUACGACACAUCAUCAUAUUCAUGGAGGACAUAAGCCACGUGAGUUUGUGGCUUUUUUCAAGUUCAAAGAUUUUUUUUUUCAGAUGGUCACAAACAUUCUGAAAAUCCAAAUACAAAACGUAUGUUUCAAGAAAAACUUUCUUUUCAUUUUCAAAAAAUAUUCCAGAUAAUGGUCCGGCGCAAAAUCAAGGAGGACACAAAAACAGUAAUUUUCUAAAAAUAAAUAAAUUAUUCUAACAAAAAAUAUUUUAGAUGAUGUAGGUGGAAUACUUGGCAAGUUAGGAAAAAUGGCAGUAGAUCGGGUAGGAGAUGAAGUGAAACAAUAUAUAAACAAGGCUAUGGGUUUGUGAUUUUUGGUCCAAUUUUUGCAAAGUUCUGAAACUUCUAUUUUCAGAUGGCUCCAAUAAACAUGGAAAAUCACUUCACAAAGGUCAGUUUAUCGAACUUCAAGCUUUAGAAUUUCCAUGAGAUUCUGAAAAUUUGGUAUCUUUUUCAGGUCAUCAUGAAAAGUCUGGCAAUUCUCAUCAGAAAAGUAUGUUACUAGGAAAAAUAAGAUUUUGAGCUCGAAAUUAUCUGAAAAGUUUAGAGCCAACAUGCGCAAUGCUUCAAUUUUUAUCCAAUAUCGGAAUUUCAAAAAAAAAAAAAAGAAAAAAACAUUGCUCAUGUGAAUCAAUAAUGAAUCCUGAUACUCGACUAAAAAUGAGAUUACCAAAAAAUUAUUUCAGAUCAUCUUCCUGCACAAAAUAGAGGCGGACAUCCAUCGAGUGAGCUUAAUUACUAGAAAUUCUGAAAAUUUAGAGCCCAAACUUGGUCAUAAUUAGAAGCAAAAUGCUCUAAAUUUCGAGUUCUGAUUCUCAAAUUCAGUCAUUUUUUUCUUGAAAUUCUGAAAUUCCAUUUUUCCAGAUGGUCACAAUCAUUCUUCUGGCCCACAUCCAAUGAGUAAGUUUCUCGAAAAAAAAACUAGUUUUUGUUUGAUUUCCAAAAAAAAAUAUUUCAGAUAAUGGUCCAGCACCAAACAGAAAUCAUCCAGAAAAUUUCAGAGGAGGACAAAUGCCAAGUAAUUUUUUUUGUUGCGGGAAAAUUUCGCAUUCAAUUUUUUCAGAGCUUGGCGGGCGUCGUUCGGGUCAACCACGUCGAAUGGCUCCCAGAAACGCUGGAAAAUAA